GGCAUUAGGAGCAAGCCCGAUAGUCUCUGGAGUAGUGGGGUCUACUUAUGGGGCUUUACAGCUUUUCUCCAGCACUUUAGUACUGGAGUGAUGUAGUGGGGAGGCGCUCUUCUUUACUGACCUGCCUUCUGCUCAGUGCUUUCGGAUACAGCCUUCUGGGGAUGUCCACUUCUGUUGCCCUGUUUGUGCUGGCCCGAAUACCCGUGGGUAUGUUAUGGAGAUCUGUUGCAUCUACAAAUCUGAGACGAGAAAUCAUUUCUGAUUUGAUGCAGAACAUACAGGACUGGACCUAUCAUUUUUGUCCUCUUUAUCUGUUUAUUAUACAGUAUGUUUGUUUAUUUUAUGUCUUCUGCAUUAGUGUGUCAGUAAAAAAAAAAAAAAAAGGGCAUAUAUUUAGAUUUCCAAACCUUCAUUUUCCAUCCAUAUUUUUGAGAUGACAACAAAUAAAUGAAAUAAGACUACUUGAGUCAUGAAGGCUAUCUGGGAUCUGCAGAAACAUUAAGUGAGAGACAAAGACUGAUGAAUUGAAUCUACAAGAUUUAUUGAAGAACAUACUAGCUGCUUUCUUUGUAAAAGUCAUGAAGAGAACUGAUGCGAUUUUAGAUGAAAAGCCAGUCACAUGAAAUUGACUUUGAUUUAUUGCUUUUUAUAGGGCUAAAAACUAGAGUAUUAUUUUGUUACAUAGGUUUAGUACUCGAAUGCUCGGUUGGGAAAAAUUUGGGAUUCACCGAAACACAGAUAAGUGGGAAGAGUGUCAUGUGACCUAAUUUAGUGACCUAAAUUGUGAUACUUUAUAACAACAGCUAUUGAUCUUCUUUCUUUUUUUUUUUUGUCAGAAUUUUGAUAUUUAGAAAGUGAAUUAUAUAGUCUUAAUGUGGUUGGUUUUAUAUAUUGCAAACCAAGCAUGCAGGCUCACUUUCAAGCUGUAUUCAUCAGUGAUUUACGUUGCUUGUAUUGUUCACCCCUCAGGGCUUUUUAAACACUCCUUGUCCAUUUGCCGAGCUCUUCUGUCAGAUGUAGUGUCGGAGACAGAGCGCCCCCUGGCGAUGGGUCACUUUAAUGCAGCUUCCAGUGUGGGAUUCAUCCUGGGCCCAGUGGUAGGAGGCUACCUCACUGAACAUGAGGGAGGAUUUUAUAUGUCCUCCUUUGCCUGUGCAGCUAUCUUCCUCCUUAAUGCAGGUUUGGUCUGGAUGUUGCAAUGGGAUGAGAUUUUAAACCACCGUUUCGAUGCUAACAGGAACAGUAAAAGCAGACAGUCCUAUGACGGACUGAGAAACUGCGAUGGGAAACAUCACGGUUGUCCUUCCACCACUAAAACUUGUCACUCUGCUGUAUCUCAGUGCAAGGACUGGGGUAAUAUGGCUCUACACCAGCUGACCUCAGUAGGAGCACAAAUCCGCAUGGUGGCUUCUUCUGACAUGUGGGAUGUAUUCCUGGUGCGUCUGCUAAUGGCGCUGGCAAUCAUGCUUUACCACAGUAACUUCUCUCUGGCCAUGGAAGAGCGCUUUGAUUUGAAACCUAAAGUGACAGGCUACAUAAUCAGCUACAGCAGCAUGCUGGGUGCACUGGCUGGGUGCCUGGUGGGCCCCAUGACUCGUCUGUACAAAGGCAAUAUGUCUGCCCUGCUGCUGCACUCCACAGCAUUCACAUGCUCAUUGAUCUUCCUGUAUGCCGCAGCAGGCAGCGUCUGGCACGUGCUGCUCUCCUCCACAUUCUUUGCCAUCUCUACCAGCGUGGGACGCACCUGCAUUACAGACCUGGAACUGCAGCGUGGAGGCAAUGCGAGGGCCAGUGGCACCCUGAUUGGUGCAGCACAGUCAGUGACUGCAGUGGGACGCAUAUUGGCCCCACUGCUUUCGGGCCUGACUCAGGAAAUCAGCCCAUGUGGGCCACCAAGCCUUGGCGUGCUGCUGGCUCUCACAGCUCUGGUGCUAGUGCAUGUCAGGACUCCAAAGUGGGCUAAGAUAAAGGGCAACAAUGCCAAAGAGUGAUUGGACAGAGGUUCAAAGCCACACAGAUUUAAGAGAACAAGGGGCAUUGUCGUGGCAGCUGUUGAAAUUGGCAGUUAUCGGAGUAUGAAAUGAGUAGGUUUUUGGAAGUGUUAAUUGCAGGAGACGCGAUCGGCAGCAGAGUAGCCACGGAUGCCUCUAUACACACACCAGGAGGACAUACCAGACCAGAGGAAGACUCUAGGACAGAUUCAUAUCUGAUACGACUACUUACAGAACUUGUUUUGAGUGUUUGAGUGCUGGUCACAUAAGUCUUAUUGAAGAUGGAAAUUCUGUGCAUAAGGUCUGUUUCUAGUAGCUGCUCCUUUUAGUUACUAAUAAGUUUAAAUUGAUCUUUUUUUAACAACAGAAAAUGGAAGUGUUCAUAUAUUUUUUAGCAAGAAAUAGUACAGUGCUGCAGCAGUUAGCAUUGCUACCUCAUAGUUCCAGGGUUUGUUCUUGAGCUCGGGUUACUGUCUCUGAAGUUUCGCAUGGCCUUCACAUUUCCAUGGUGAUUUCCUCUUGGUUUUCUCCCACCUCUAAAAAAUAGGUGUUUGCACAAGGUGCCAGGUGAUGGACCGGAUUUCUGCCUUUGCCCAGUUUUCCUGGCAUAGGCUCUGGAUCCACUAUGACCCUGACCAGGAUAAAGCAGCUACUGAUGAUCAAUAAAUGAAUGAAUGUUGUCAGAGUAAAAAUAUAAAUUAUUAGGACGGUUACUAUAGUAUCUGUAUGUAAAUUAAGCUGAAUAUUUUAGGAACAUGCACCCCUAGUUUAUUUUAAUAAAUUUUUUUUGUUUUUGUAGUGUUUGCUAAUUUAGAAUAUAUUUGCAGAUAGUACAUGUCAAACUAGGGUCUUUAAAUUGCACAUCCCCCCUUAACCUGUGUGUGUGUUCAGGUAUUAUAAUCAAGGCUAAAGAAAAAGACACAUUAAUGAGCAAAAGAAAGAUGACCAAUGAUCAUGAAUCGCUGAUGCAACAGUUUGUGCACAGAUUUACUCAAGUUUGGCCUAAUUUUUAUUAGGUUGUUUCACAACAUAUCACACAGGAAAAUGUUAAUAAAAACACUUCAUUAUAUUACAUUUAAAACAAAGGAAAUCACCUGUUAACAUGGAAAAUCAAACAAUCUAUAGUGUACAGUUUUCCAGAUCAGUUUCAAUUAAUCACAAUUCAGUGACGUACACACUCCGUGGCCUUGUUCAUCAAAGUUGCAUGGUCAAAUCUGAUCCCAAAACACACCCUAAAUCCACUGAUGGUUUCCUUUUCAUCCAUUUCAAAGUACAUGUAAAUCUGAGCAUAACAUUUUAGCUAACAAUCAGUAUUGUUAGUAUUUACAGCAAGUAGCCUGUAGUAAGUGCAGUAGUAUUAGUAGUAACAAUAAUAAUAAUAAAAAAAAAUGUUAAUAAUAAAUCACAAUACAGGAAACUUGUACUAAUAUGCAGGUAAUUUAUAAAUGUGAAUCAGAAUGCACUGGACAAAAUAUGGGCGUUUAACAGCUCAUUAACCCUUUAACUGAGCAACAGGUGUGUUUGUGCAAUAUGUGUGUUUUGAGGUCAUUACAUAAUUUCAUAUCAAGACCUUCACAUACACAUAUCCCAUAUAUUUGAACCAGUUCUAAAAUUAUUAUUUUUUUUAAAUAGCCAUAAAUAGAGUUCAAAUACCCACAGGGGAGAUUUGGAAACGGUUCAGUUUUCUACCUGAACAGAGUACAUUUCCAUACUUCACUACAAAAAGUAGAGCAAUUUUCCUACAACACAGUGGUUCCCUGGUGGACUAGUGGUUAGUGUGCGGCGACCUCAUCGCCAUGGUCCGAGUUUGAUUUCCGGUCAGGGAAUCAACCCACUGGAGGGUUGUACGAGGCAGUGCACACUCAGUGCCAGUACCAAGCCCAGGAGGGUUGCAUCGGGAAGGGCGUCUG